UAAUUAAAUAGAAAAACAGGGGCAGAUUAAAACGCCGUUUUAUAAAACAGCGAGCGAAAGCGGGUUCAAGCUCUCUCUCCAAAGCGUUGUUGUUCUAUCCUCUCUGAGCUUCGGAGAUGGCGACGAUUAUCAGGUGUUGCUCCUCCUUCUCCCAUACUUCCGACGGCCGACCUCCGCCGCGAGACAGAUCUCGAAGUCCAGAGACUGGAAAGUCUAUUGGCUACUCUUUAGUCAGAACACCUGGAGCUUAUUAUCCUAUCUCCAAGAUUAAACCUUUGUCUACUAAUCCCAAGGAGCGUGAAAGCAAGGGAGUCUUACAAACACCAUUAGGCAGUGUAGAUGAUUUUGACAAGUUAUCAGCUUUUGAGAUGUGGCAGGGAAUUGGGAGGGUCAAGUUACCGGUGAUGGCAUCCCUUCUGAUGGGUACACCACUUGAAGCUUUGGCUGCUGAGAUGUGUGAGCCUGAGAGCUCCAUGUUCAGCAUGCCAUUUUUGUUGCUUGUUGCUCUUGUUGGAGCCACUGUUGGAGGGUUGCUUGCUCGGCAGAGGAAAGGGGAGUUACAGAGGUUAAACGAACAACUACGUCAGAUCAACGCAGCUCUCAGGAGACAAGCGAAAAUCGAGUCUUACGCACCAGGCUUAAGUUACGCACCAGCAGGAGCUAGAAUCCCAGAGAAUGAGAUCAUUGUGGAGCCAAAGAAACAUGAGUUGAUCUCCAAGUUGAAAACAGGAAAGACCUUUCUGAGGAAUCAAGAGCCAGAGAAAGCUUUUGAAGAGUUCAAGACAGCUUUGGAACUUGCACAGAAUCUCAGAGACCCCGUCGAAGAAAAGAAGGCUGCCAGAGGCUUAGGCGCUUCGCUGCAACGCCAAGGGAAGUACAGAGAUGCCAUACAGUAUCACAACAUGGUGCUUGCCAUCUCGAAGAGGGAAGGGGAAGAUUCUGGAAGCACUGAAGCGUAUGGAGCUAUCGCAGAUUGUUACACUGAGCUAGGAGAUCUCGAGAAAGCCGGGAAGUAUUAUGACACCUACAUUGCUCGGUUAGAGACGGACUGAUUUCAUCCGCAUUGUCUUUUUGUAUGUUUGUUGUGUUCAUGUCAAAAUCAUAUAAAAUGGAUAUCUGAAUCCCUUUUAUUGAAUGUAAUUUGGUUUGUCUUACAAUC